AUGGUAGAUGUACAGACCACCAGCGAGGGGGACCCUUCGGCCUCCCCUCAGCUAAAACAAAGGUUCAAAACACAGUCCAAAUCUGAAUCCAAUAGCGAUGAACAUCUUCCGCUGGCACAGAUCCGCUUAAAGAGCCACGAGUGGUUUGGCGAAUUUAUUACAAAGCACGAGAUACCAAGGAAAGCUUUCCAUUCUUCUAUCGGCUUCAUAACCCUCUACCUAUACACCACGGGAAUGGACUACCGAAAUGUUAAAUGGCCCCUGAUAGUAGCCUUUGCCAUCCUGCUCCCGCUAGACCUGAUCCGUCUAAGGUGGAACGCAAUCAACAAGCUAUAUUGCCGAUGCGUUGGUGCGCUUAUGCGUAAGAGUGAAAUCCAUACCUAUAACGGCGUUCUGUGGUACCUGUUGGGCCUGAUCUUUGCAUUUUCAUUCUUCCCCAAAGACGUCGCGCUGAUUUCGCUGUUCCUGCUAAGCUGGUGCGACACAGCGGCCUCAACCUUUGGCUGCAAGUUUGGUCACCUCACUCCAAAGCUUGCCAGAAACAAGUCCCUUGCAGGAUCCAUCGCUGCAUUCGUUGUGGGUUUUUUGGUCUGCCUACUAUUUUACGGAGUCUUUGUUCCACACUAUGCCUACGUGAACUCGCCAGGUGAGCUAAGCUGGUCUGCGGAGACCAGCAGAUUGUCGUUGACACAAUUUUCUCUACUCGGCGGCGUUGUUGCCGCAUUAAGCGAGGGCAUCGACCUAUUCAAUUGGGACGACAAUUUCACCAUCCCAGUUCUCUCCGCUAUUUUCAUGAACGCGGUGAUUCGCUUUGCCAAGGCCACCUAG